UGCCCAAUUAAAUUAAAUCAAAUAAAUAAAAUAAUAUAAAGGAGUGGAUGACUCGGAUACGAGAAACGAACAGAAGAAAGAAAGGGUUUUCAUUUUUGAGAAGAUAAACACAAUUUCGAAAGGAGACGGCCGCGUUGGAAUCGUAUCGAAUCAGAGUUUGAGAGCCAUGGCUUUUAACAACGGACUCAGAUCUGCUGCUAAGCUUAUCGCUUCUUCUGAAUCCUCCCUCUCUAAAUCAGUGAGUAGAGGUUUUCAUUCAACUGGCAUGAAGAGGAUGGGUGGACACGGCCACGGUGAUCCAGAAUAUAUGCAUUCAUAUCACAUGUACAACUUGGACAAGAUGAAGCAUCAGGGGUUGAAAAUGUCCCUUGCUGUGUUCACUGCUUUCAGCAUUGGUGUUGCAGUUCCUGUUUAUGCAGUCAUUUUUCAGCAAAAGAAGACAGCUUCUGGCUGAUUCAUCUUCCUUUGCAACAAUAAUAAGGUGGAUUUAGACUAGCAUAUUGGUUUUGGUGGUUGUUGUCGUUUUACUUUGAACUUUGUUCAUGUUUAAUCUUCCAUAUGGAUUUUCCAUAUGUCUCUUGUAAUAAUCAAUUUCUUGUACUGCCAAAUACCUGUGCUUGGACAUUUUCAUGUCUUAAAAAGAUAUAUAGUUGGAAUGUUCUUUUUCAGGUGUUUCA